CUGUUUCUUAAAGAGGGACGUCGGUGCAGCGGACACUGAAGUUUCAAGAUGAAGCUGACUGUAACAGAUCUGUUGUGUCUGUCUCUUCUUCUGGUUCACACGGAUGUUUCGCUGGCCACGAAAAAAGGAGGGUUUGGGGGGAAAAUAAGUCGCUUUAAGAAGACCCCCAAAACAGAUAAGGGUGGAACCCGGAAAAAACCUGAACAACCAGUCCGACCAGGGAGUAACCCUAAUCAAGGAAGUUACCCUAAUCAAGGAAGUUACCCUAAUCAAGGAAGUAAACCUAAUCAAGGAAGUUACCCUAAUCAAGGAAGUUAUCCUAAUCAAGGAAGUAAACCUAAUCAAGGAAGUUACCCCAAUCAGGGAGGUUACCCUAAUCAAGGAGGUUACCCCAAUCAAGGAGGUUACCCUAAUCAAGGAGGUUACCCAAAUCAAGGAGGUUACCCCAAUCAAGGAGGUUACCCUAAUCAAGGAGGUUACCCUAAUCAAGGAGGUUACCCCAAUCAAGGAGGUUACCCUAAUCAAGGAGGUUACCCAAAUCAAGGAGGUUACCCCAAUCAAGGAGUCAGACCAGGAUUCCCAGCUGGGGGCUAUCCAGCUGGAGGUUACCCAGCUCAGGGCUCCCCAUACGGAGGAGGUCAUGGCGGAUAUGGAGGUUAUCCAGGUGGCUACAUCAACCAAAACCCGAACAACAGAGUCCUGAGCCCUCAGUAUGGGGGCAGCUUUGGCUAUGGGGGCCACGGGGUUCGGGGCGGCUCUCCCUUUUCCCAUUCGGUCCAGGCAAUGGGCAUGCAACCCUCUGACAGGUCCAGAGGGUUUGGGCGCAACGCGGCGAUGGCAGCAGCUGGGGGCGCGGUGGCAGGGAUGGCCCUGGGCUACGGGCUCGGGAGGUUCCCCCGCCCUCCCUUCAGCUUCCACAGCCCACAAGAGGAGCAGUACUACAACCACUACAUGUACAGGCGGUAUGGGACCAAGUCCACGGACACCAACGACUACGGCAGAGACUACAAGUACAGCCAACCUCCUGACACCUACGACAGCUACAUGGCCUCCUGCAUGAAGAGGACCGACCUUCUGCCGGGGAACCGAAAGCCGAACAACAACCCGGCUGCUACGACCACGACUGCGACCGCAACCGCAGUUACAACCACGACGUCUGUAACUAACACAACUGCUCCUGCUGCUCCAGGCGCUGAGCUGAGCGGGAACACCACGAAGAGCAGCGGCAACGCAGCAGGAAACUCCUCGACCUCGGCGCCUUCAACUCCUUCGAGCCCUCUGAACGAGUCUGAAGCCAAGCCGGCGCCUCCAGCUUCACGGGUCCUGAGACAAACCGAUGACGACGACAAUGAUGACGAUACCGUCAGCAUCGUGGAGAUCGGCUACCCGGCGCUGGUCGAGCAGAUGAAGGCCAGGAGGUGUGUGGGGCUGUACAUGGUCUACUCGGAAAAGUACCUGAAGAAAACGACGGAGCCCGGCCCCACCGGGGGAGCGCGGGGACUGGAGGCGGGUUUAGGAGGCCUAUUGGCUGCGGCUACGCUGAUGCUGCUGAACAGCAACACAAUGCUGAGUUAAAGUGAUGGAGAAGUAUAUAUACAUAUAUACACAUAUAUAUAUAUAUAUGUGUAUAUAUAUACACGAGGAUGACAAAUAAUGUGUUAAAGAUACUAAGUACAAGGCGGAUCAAUAUUAAUGACUCCAGCCACAACUUUUCAUGUAUGUGUCCUUCUGUUUCCACGUUCUUCCCGUAGCGGCGUGGGUUCCCUCCGGGUUCUCUCCGGGUUCUCCGGCCUCACUCCUACAGUCCAAAGGCAGGCAGGCAGCUCAGGAUAAUUGGAGACUCUAAAUUGUCUGUACACGUGUGAAUGUGAGAGUGUCCGGUUGUCUGUCUCUUUGUGUGUGCCCUAAGAUAAACUAAUGACAUACCCCCCCCCCCUCCUGAUUCUACGACAUAAUAAUAAUAAUAAUCAUUUAUUUUAUAUAGCGCUUCUCAAGUCACUUUACAGCAGUGGUCACCAACCUUUUUGAGCCCAAGAUCACUGACCUCCACCUUCAUGACCGGCAAGAUCUACCUAUUGAGGCGUUGAGAGAAAACGACGGUCCAGACUGGACUUAUGACUUGAGGCUUUUUAUUUGGCCUAAUUCUAAUUGAAUGAAAUCAAAACACAUUGGUCCAGCUUUCAAAUUGAUGAGACCAGGAACACAGAAUUUAAGUGCAAUAUAAAAAGUAAGAUAUUUGUUCACCACACACAAUAUGAAUAAGAAAAAACACAUUUCAAUGAGCAGCUGGAUGAACUACCAAUAUAAAUGUUGUAUUUAUUUACAUUACAACACGACACUGACAACAUGAUCAGUCAGUGCAACUCAUGUAAGUUCAGCUCUCAUCAUAAUGCCAUCAAGCCAUGUGACUCCAGUCAGUGUGGUGGCUGUGACUGAACUCUGUCUGUGAGCUUGUAGUUCGUUCAUAAGCACAGACAGACAGUCUGAGGCCGUCUGUGAGCUGCUGUCAGUAAUCCAGCUCCUGGUCUUUGAUUUGGUGAUUUUCUCAACUUCACUGACGAGUUUUUCGGGGCAAAUGUGGUAUUCAUGAAAGUUUUAUCAUCUGGUUCUGAAGUCAGACCGUUGGUGAUUACAUUCACAUCAGCUCUAAAGACAUCCUCAGAUUUAAAUAAUUAUAAUAAUAAUAAAUAUGAGAAUCACCAUUUGUGACUCCUGCAUCUGUGCUUUUUCAAAUAAUAGAAUAAAUAUAAUUGCAAUCACUUUCAAGUAAACCAGAUUGCUCCAUCAGACAAGAAAAAAAGCUCAAUGUUGAGCUUUUGUUUUGAAGGACAAAAGCAGAAAAGCCGAUCUCACGGAGGUAAGACCUGGCAAGUCGCCAAUAAUCUCGGCAGUUGCGCAUGUGCAGGCGUAACCUGUAAAUGCCGUAACGUAAACAUUUACACUAAGGUACAGGCAUUACAACAUUUAUUUAUUGAUGACGUAGUUGUAUGUCCUUGUACUUUGAACUUGUGUUAUAUGUAAAGUUAUGAAUAAAGGUCUUUCUGCAUUUC